GGCCAUCGGAAUGUGCCUAGUCUUAUUUUAACUGCAGCUGUGGUCGGAUCGUAAUCGUAAAGCCGGUUGUGCCUCCGUUUGUGGUCUGAGUUUUGAAAACAUUUACAAAGAAAAACACAUUUUUCGGUUUAGCUGCGAGAACCAUAGUGUACCGAGAGAAUGGCCAACAAUCACGGUGUUGCUUCUCACCUCAAAGUAAAGGGAAGGAAACCGUGUGUAGUUUCGGUUAUCAAACCUAGCGAAUCACCAUCUCAUCCGCCUGAUUCUAAGCUGGAAUGUCAGGGAGCAGUUGUCGAUAGCAGUGUUUGUCCCAGCAAUACUGCAUCCAAUGCAUCAAGUGAUGGCAACUUCAAUCUCGUUACAUUCGAAGAGCUUGAAACCGAAGACAAGUUGGAGUACACCUUCUACCCGGUCAGCGGUAAAGAAAUUAACUUCAAGGUGCGAGCGGCUCAUGAUGCUCAUCUGGCACUGACCACCGACGCGGCGGAAUCUGAUCAAAUGUUGGAGGUGUUCAUCGGUGGAUGGAAGAACACCAAAUCCGUUAUCCGGAAGAACCGCGCCAAGCCGGACGUAUGCGAGGUGGAAACUCCCGAUAUUCUCAACGCUGGCGAGUUCCGCGGAUUUUGGAUUAAGUGGCAUGAUGAUGUUAUCACCGUCGGUAUGGAAGGAGCUGCAGCAGCUUUCCUAUCUUACGAGAACUCUGAUCCAUUCCCAAUUAACUAUAUCGGUGUUUGCACCGGUUGGGGAGCCACUGGCUCGUGGAUCAUGCUGAAGAACGAAGAAAAACCAUCCGCACCUAUUCUAACAAGCACCAAUGCCGCAUGCUGGAUUCCAGCAUCCAACGGCGAGAUUCCUCCAAACGCCGUAGUCGGAGGAUCAGACGGAGAGGAGCUGUACAUUGGUCGCGCUCGUCAUGAAGGCGCAGUCAUUCCUGGAAAGGUUGUCGCCUCCCAUGGAUUGUGUUACGUUCCGUGGGGUGGUGCUGAGAAUCCAAUUGCCGAAUAUGAAGUGCUAUGUGAUGCAGUUGGUAGUUUUGUUUCGGCCAGCGGAAGUGAAAUUCCUCCGAAUGCUAUUCCUGCAGGAGAAUCUGAGGACGGCGAGCCACUGUUCAUCGGCCGUGUAUCGCACGAGGGAACGCAAACGGUCGGUAAAGUGCAGCCGUCGCAUGGCGUCUGCUACAUUCCAUACGGCGGUCAGGAACUGGCAUUCGCCGAUUACGAAAUCUACGUUAGCAACUAAACACACAGAACGGUUCGUCAUUCGGCGCAAGUUACCGCUGCAGCCUUAACGCAUUUGAAAAAUUACACACCAAAAGCAAGAAUCUCGUGGGAUGCGAAGAUCCUAUUUACCAUACGAUUUGGAUGAUAAGUUUUAUUCAGGAUAUGCUCGCCGGCACAACAGAAAGGUGUAGUAAAGCAAGCACAACCAUAUUUAUUAUUAAUUUACACAUGUAUUGAACAGAGUCAAAAUAAAGACACAUGCUUCUACAAAAAAUAUAAA